UACUAUGUGUCCAAAAACAAGUUGGGAAACGGCACCUUCUCAUCCGUAUAUGAAUGUAAGAAUAAAUUCACAGGGCUGCACUAUGCAGCCAAGAUGUACAAAAAACGCAUGGUCCAUGGAUUAGAGAUGAUGUUACAAAAUGAGUUUCAAGUUCUUAAGAGGAUCUCGAGGAGCCAUCGAAACAUACUCGCCUUGGUUGAUUAUUUUGAGACGUCCGAUAAAUUGUACCUAAUCACAGAUAUCGCCCUCGGAGGCGAGCUUUUUGAUAGAAUUGUCAAGUCUAAUCGAGGAAUGGUCGAACCAGAAAUUAAAGAAAUAACAACGACGAUCGUUUCAACUGUAGAAUAUUUGCACUCCUGCAAUAUAGUUCACAGAGACUUAAAGACUGAGAACAUUUUGUUUCAGUCGAGGGACACAAGCAAUGGUAGCGACAUACUAUUGGCAGACUUUGGCCUCGCAAGAAUACUCCAAACGGGUGAGAAACUCUAUGACAGGUCAGGAACUCUUAGCUAUAUGGCCCCAGAGAUGAUCAACCGCGUGGGGUACACCAAGUCGGUUGAUGUUUGGGCUAUUGGCGUCAUAGUUUACUUUAUGCUGUGUGGUUACUUCCCCUUCGAUUGCGAAACAGAUCAAGAGACUAUGGAAGCUAUCCGCAAUGUUGAGUACCAAUUUGAGCCCGUUGACUACUGGAAUAAUAAGUCUCCCGAAUUAAAGGACUUCAUACGAACGUGUUUGCAAAAGUACAAUAGACAAUCCUGUCAGGAACUACUUAGGCACCCCUUUUUAUCUGAUGCUGUUACAGAACUGCCUACGACGUUGCUGAGUUUGAGUCAACAACUAAGAGACUCUGUUUCACAGCUCGAACACUUCAAAACACAAGAAAAUAGCGAAGGCAGUUCAGGAUUAUCUUCACAAAGUAUGUCUCUUGCUGCCAGUAGCAAUGGCUUAUCGUCCAAACUAUCAUUUAUCGAAAAAUCAAGAAUCGACUCUCUUAUAGCGGGAGUCACUCUACAGGGGGCUUGUUGCGAGACGCCUGAGCAAGUUUCGUGCUUCAAUACUCCGCUCACAUCAGCUUCGGUUUCCAGG